UCCCAUCGCUUCCUGGCCCGCGGACAGCUUCCCCCCCAAACAAGCGUGCCUUGGCAGGCAGGCGCAAAGUCCGCUCGGGCGGAGAGGAGGGAGAGCCUGGCCGGGCUGACGGAGGGAGGCCGCUGAGGAGGGGAGGCCGCGAAGGCGGCAGGUAAGGGGGAGGAGGAGGGGGCGAGGGUCUAGGGAGGAGGAGGAGAAGGGGCGGGAGGAAGCUUCCAUGGGGCGGGGGUGGGGGGUGGCGUCUCUGCAGCGCCUGCUCUCCAGGGCUGCCCGCUUUGGCCUUGGCGGAAUACGGGGCGGGUUGGAGCUGCUGCUGCUGCUGCUGCUGCGAGUGUGGAGCGUUCGGACCUGGAGCGCUUCUGCACCGUGUAUUGUUAUUCUCCCCUCCUGCAACAAAAACAACAACAACCACACACACACCACCACCACCACCACCAACAAGAAGUUUGUUACUGGUAUGAGCUUUCGUGUGCAUGCACACUUCAUGCACACGAAAGCUCAUACCAGUAACAAACUUCGUUGGUCGCUAAGGUGCUACUGGAAGGAUUUUUUAUUAUUUUUUAUAUUAUUUAUUUCGACUAGGCAGACCAACACGGCUACCUACCUGUAACACAUAAUAACAACAACAACACACACAGACACGUAUAUAACAACACACACACAUAUAUAAAACGCACACAUACAGUAUACAGUGGUACCUUGGUUUACAAACUUAAUCUGUUCCUGAAGUCUGUUCUUAAACCAAAACCGUUCUUAAACUGAGACACACUUUCCCUAAUGAGGCCUCCCAUCGCUGGUGCCCUUCCACCAUUCAGAUUUCGUUCAUAGACGGAGGUAAAGUUUGCUAACCGGGACACUACUUCUGGUUUUGCAGAGUUCGUAAACCGAAUCAUUUGUAAACAGGGCUGUUCUUAAACCAAGGUACCACUGUAAAUAUAUAUAAAAUAAUGCACGUACUCAUAUACAGUAUAUAUGUAUAUAAAACAACACACACACAUAUACAUAUAUGUUAUUUUUGUUGCAGGAGGGGUGAAUACACACACCCCACAGAUACCCUGCCAUUUGGGUACAGCUCCCCACCCCCCAAUUACUUUUUAGUACUUGUGUGGGUGGGUAGGUGAUGUAUAUUUUUCUCCACCUCCAGGAUUGAGUUGCCUCUACCACCCUGAGACUGUAGAAAGCCGCCUUCUAAGACAAGCUUCUCCAACCUGGUGCCCUCCAGGUGUUUUGAACUCCCAUCACCCUUGGCUGUUGGCUGUGCUGGCUGGGGUUGAAGGGAAUCCGAGUCCAACAAAUAUCUGGAGGGCGCCAAGGCUGGGGAUCCACAGCAAGGCUUCCCACAUUUCCUACUAUGUAAUUUCAGGCUACUGCCUCUCUGGAUGGGCUAGUGUCAAUAAAAUGACAAAUAAAGAGAAGUGUUGACAAUAACGUGCAAAGGUUGAAUAAGUAGUUUUCUCAAGUGUUAGAUUUGCACAGUUGGUGUGUUUUAUUACAGAGUCAUUUCUUUAUGGGAGGAAAAAUAAUAACUUGUAGCUCAAAUUUCAACAGUGUUAAUGAUCAUUGCAAAAAUAUAUAUAUUCUCUCCAUUUAGGUCAAAAUGGGUUUCAUAUUUUCGAAGUCUGUGAAUGAAAGCCUAAAGAGUCAACAGGAGUUUAUGCUCAUGAACUCUCGACUUCAGGUUGGUUAUUAUAUUACAGAGCAUGUAGCAACGCGAUGAUUUUAUACUCUGGUACAAAAAUAUGUGCAUACAGCAUUGGUUACCCCACAAUGACAUGCAUCUCAUACAUGGUACUGGGAACCGAAGUAAAAAUAUGGAUUAGAUAAUUUGCUCCCAGACAAAUGCACCUUCGAACUGCCAAGGUGCCUUCUUGCAGUCCUCUACCCACUUACCUGGGAGUAUGUCUCAUUGAACUAAACGGGGCUUACUUCUGAGUAGGCAUGUUUAGGAUCACACAGUAAAUUUGUGUGUAUGAUGCAUACGUAUACCUGAAUGAAGAAAGAGGAGUGAGAGCUGGGAGUUGAGAGAGACCUGUGGUGUAUAGAAAAGAACAAAUAGUUUUCGUUCUUUUCUGUCUGCACCCUCAUUGCAGCCCUAAAGUUAAGAUCCCAGUGAAGACCAGCAGAUGGGAGGGAGGAAAGUUGACAGUGGGGGUGAAUGGAAGAGAAUCUUACAUUACCUGCCCCCCCCCACCUUCCCAGUAGGAGAACAGGAAGCAGGUUAAAGAACAGGAAGGUAAUAAAGUAUCCUGUUUUCCUGCAGAUCUUAUUAAUCUGCCAUUUAGAAUUUAAUUUUGUCUUUGUCUUCCUUGGCAAAUCUGAUUAGGUUAUCGGAUUGUCUUAUCCUGAAGACCUUACUGUUAAUAUAAUACAUUGCUGUGCGGCUUCAGAACACUUAAGCAAUAUAUCCGAGAUAAUUGCGUGUUGUUGUUUACUUUAAGGGGGGGAAAAAACCUCUGCAGUGCUUGUUUACGUAUUCUCUGCUUCCAGAAUCACAUUCUAAACUUGCUGGUGCAAUUUGUCUUCAAAAUAAAUUUUUCUUCCCUUAAAGUAGUCCUUGGGGCUCUCUUGGAGGCAGAAGAGUUUAAAGUAUGUGGUCCAAAAUACAGAAUAUUUUACGCUCCUUGUUUAGCUGAAUGAUAUUCUGCCUAGUUUUAACAGUGGUAUUUGUAUAAUCCAAGCCUGGCUUUUUCCAGGAGAUUGUAGCACUUAAAGUACUCUUAAGUAAGAUGUGACAUUGCCAUGUGGCAUGUAAGGGCAUAUAAAAAAAUAAAUAGCUAGGGAGGGGGCGCUUUAGCUCCAUGUCCGAAAGCUUUUAUUAGUCUUCCUUAUGACAAGUGUUGUCCCUUGAUAAGAAGAGCAUUGCAGGAUCAGGCCAAGGUACAUCCAGUCCAGCAGUGGCCAACCAGAUGUUUAUGGGAAGCCCCCAAGAAAACAAAAGUAAUGAAUUAGAGGGGUGUUGUUUCCAGUGAGAGGCUAGAUGGUUUAGAAAAUAAGAGUGACUGAUGUUGCAGUUCAUUGUUGUUGUUUUUUAAUGUCUGCAGAAAGAUAUGUACUAAAGAAUCAUAGAACUUAGAUGGAUAAAUUUAAUUUUUAAUGACAAUAAAUUCUGCUUGGGUGUCUUCCACUAAAUUAGAUGUGUCACUUUCAGUUGUCACAAAAUAUCAGCUACUGAAAAGUUUUUGCCAUGUAUCUUAUCGCCAUAUGACUAAAGAGGUUGACUUGUUAAAAAUCGCACACAGUGUUUCGUUUGGGUUGUAGCUGAAGAAUAUAAUAGUAAAUGUUGGGGCAAGCAUGAGAGAAGAUACGUGCUUCCUGUUUCCUGACUAUAAUGGGAAUUACACCGGUUUAACACAUAGCUGUUAGCUUCAUCCUAACAGACAGUGACACUGUGAAGUUAUAAUGAAGGAGAAUCGUGCCUUUGGCAUAAGGGCGGGUGGGUGUCCUAUGAAAUUUAAAACUUCUCUGAGGAAAUAAGAACAUUACAUUUUCUGUUAGUAGCACUUCGCAGUGCACCGGCUGUUAAACAUGUAAGCACACCGAAAGAAGCUUGGAUAAUGAUUUUAUCUCAUUGCUAACCACUAUGUUACUCAUGUUCUGAUUUCUCUCGCCACCUGCCCUCCCCCUCACACAUCCAAGAUUUCAGUGAAAGAGAAUGUAAAUUGUGAACCUAAUAAAUUGCCUUGUCCAGUACUAUAUAAUGAGCUGCAGAGUUGAUCCCAGAUUUCAUAUUAAUGGCAACUAUAUUUGAGUAAGGAUACGUGUAAAUAAUAAUAAUAAUAAUAAUAAUAAUAAUAAUAACAACAACAACAACAUUUUAUUUAUAUCCCGCCCUCCCCAGCCGAAGCUGGGCUCAGAGCGGCUAACAACAGUAAAAUGAUCCAAUAUACUAAAAUCAUUUCAUUAUAAAAUCAAUUCAAAUCGGAUUAAUGGCAACCAUUGGGCUAGAGUUCCGUGAGAAUUGCCAAAGGAGGGGGUCAGGCUGUGCCCUGGCCAAAGGCCUGGUGGAAUAGCUCUGUCUUGCAGGCCCUGCAGAAAGAUGUCAAGUCCCGCAGGGCCCUAGUCUCUUGUGACAGAGUGUUCCACCAGAUUGGAGCCACAGCCAAAAAAGCCCUGGCUCUGGCUCUGGCUGAGGCCAGCCUAACCUCUCUGUGGUCCGGGACCUCCAAGAUGUUUUUGUUUGAAGACCGUAAGGUGUACAGAAGAUUAACCUACUGCACAUUUGCAACAUUGGGCUGGAUCUGUGGAUUUUGCAUAGACACACUGAAAUCCAUAGGGCUUAUAAUCUUAGAGUUUGAAGGGUCCCCAGAGGCCAUCUAGUCUAACCCCCUGCAAUGUAGGAAUCUCGGCUAAAGCAUCCAUGACAGAUAGCCAUGCAACCUCUGUUUAAAAACCUCCAGGAAAGGAGAGUCCACAACCUCCCGAGGGAGACCGUUCUACUGUUGAAUGGCUCUCGCUGCCAGAAAUUUUUUCCUGAUGUUUAACUUGUUAGUAAUGGCUAACUUAAGUCAAAUAGGAUGCCCUAUAUUAAGUCCAGAGGGUACAAGGCUGUAAAACAUGGUUAUUCCAGGAGAUUUUGCAAUUUUCUCUAGCUAAGGACCACUAAUAUGUUCCUGAAUUACGUAAAGGAUGCUUUUGUUUGCAGAAUAUGAUGAUAGUAUGUAUUUCUGUUACUACAUUUCUAGUGCUUGAUUAAGAUAAUUAUGUCAAUAUAGUAGACAAAAGGGUCUUGGUAACUAUUUUUUAAAAAUUUAGGAGUAGCAGGAGAAGGCUGGAGUUUUCGUUGUUAUAAAUCUUAAGAAACUCCUCUAACUUCAACAUUUAAUAGCUUAUAUUUUAGUUGAACUGUUGCAAAAAAUAUAUGACCUUUAAGGAUGUAUUUAGACUAUCAGGGUGAUUUCCCCACUAUUAAGUGUAACAUAAAAAAUAUACCCUUUCAGUCUCAUGAUUUGAUCAAAAUUCUAAGAGAGCUGUUCUGGGGUGGUGGAAGUUUCUGAGGGAGAGCAGCCACCACAUCUAAGGCCCCGCUGCUAGCUGCAGCCAUGACAGGAGAUGGGCGACUUUUUCUCUCCUGUACUCCCUUCCCAUUUUUACCCCUCCCUUAGACUCAGUUGAACUGGAAAUAACUUUAUAUCAUCAUCUUGAGUGCAUAGUUUGGAGCCCUUUUCAGGAGUGGGUUGUGGGAAAAUCAGCACCAAUGUGCCUAAAAUAAAAGGAAUAUAUUUUAAAAUGGUGGUCCAGCCCUUGUCUUUUUUCAAACCCAGUUCUCUGGAUAUCGUAAAUUACAGUACAGUGGUACCUUGGGUUACAUAUGCUUCAGGUUACAGACUCCGCUAACCCAAAAAUCGUGCUUCAGGUUAAGAACUUUGCUUCAGCAUGAGAACAGAAUUUGUGCUCCGGCGGCGCAGCAGCAGCAGGAGGCCCCAUUAGCUAAAGUGGUGCUUCAGAUUAAGAACAGUUUCAGGUUAAGAACAGACCUCCGGAACGAAGUAAGUACUUAACCCGAGGUACCACUGUAUAAUCUGUAAGCUUGAGAACAGCAACUACAGUUGUACCUUGGAAGCCAAACGCCUUCCGAGUCAAACGUUUUGGCUCCCGAAUGCCGCAAACCCGGAAGUGAAUGUUCCGGUUUGCAAACGUUCUUUGGAAGGUGAACGUCUGACACAGCUUCCGAUUAUGUGCAGGAAGCUCCUGCAGCCAAUCGGAAGCUUCACUUUGGUUGUUGAAUGUUUUUGGAAGUCAAACAGACUUCCGGAACGGAUUCCGUUCAACAACCAAGGUACGACUGUAUUUAAAAAUGGUAUGUGGGAUUCAAAAUUACUUUAUGAAGUUUAUCCUAGAGUAAACACAGGCAGGUGCUAAUUUCCAAUGCUGGAGACCAAAAAGCAUUUAUUAGAAAGUCUUCAGGGUGCUCUUUGUUGUUCAUCUCUUUUGCCUGUGGAAAUGCGCUGUUUAAAAUUAUUUGCAAGUUUUGCAUAUGGCUUACAAAUGUUGGCAUUUAAUAAUUUGUCAAAUGUGGGAAUGUGUAUAUAUACAUAUAGGCCUAAUAUGAAAAAAGUCAUAACUAUCUUGCAGGUGUCUUGCUGUAGCUUAAUCUAUGUGGACAAAUGCAAUUUUCCAUUUAGUUUGUGGAUUAAAAAUGGUAGUGCUGGCAAAGAGAACUGGUAGUGAAAACUUUUAUAACUAAUUUUAUUUUAGCUUCAGGCAAAACAUCCCAGCAUUACCUUGUAUCUUUUUCUAUGUUUUUUUUUUUUAAACACAAGAUAAAUGAAGUGAAUUAGGUGAUUUUUCUGAAUUUAUAUGGCAAUGUUUGCCUAUUGAAAAUCCAGGCAUCCAAAUGUAGCUUUUCUGUAGUUAGAAUUUGGACAAGUUGUCUUGAGAGACAAUGGAGUGUGCUUCCAGUGGGGGGUGGGGGAGUCAAACCGCUACAUUAGCAGCACCAAAGUUACCUCCCCAGAGCACAAGCCUGGGCAGUGUGUAUGGAGGGGCUGCCCAAAUGACAAGACCCCUCCUCUCGGCGUCACUGAUAUGGUCCAAAGGAAAGCAGAGCAAUACGUUUGGCACCAGCUUGGCUCCAGGUGUUGCUGGAAGGAGGCGUACAAAGCCCAAUCCAACCAUCUUAGGAACUCCACUCUGGACUUGUGUAGGGUUUGCUUCUUAGCCUUCUCCUCUCCCAAAGACAUCCUGUAAAGCAGUUGUCAGGAAUGUGCCCCCCCCCCCAGCACACCAGGAGAGUCAGCCUUGGAAAUUGAGCUGAGUGAGGAAGAGGCUGCCUCUGUAGAUGAGAGCUGUCUGUCUUAUUUUAGAGAGUACAGCCCAGGGCCCCUCCUUUUCAGGGAAGAAGCAGUUAGUUCCCAAGGGGUGGAAGAGUUGGAUGUUGGCCAAGGCGUUGCCAGGCAACCAGCAAGUAAGAGGGUGUCAGAGGCUGAGUCUUCUGAGGAAGAGGUAGCUCAGCCCUGCAGUCCCAAAACAAGGAGAUUAGAGAGGCUCCAAGAGCAACGGAAGGGAAGGAGACAAAAGGUGGGAUUUGGGUGUUCUUCCUGUUGGGGGAGGAACGAUAAGUCAGACUGAGCAACUAGAUUAAUGAGAGCAGGCAGAUUGCCAUGCUCUGAAUGUGUUUUUCUUUUAAAUAAACUUGUAUAAAACUGACAGAGACUCUUUGCUGCUUUAUCAGGCUGCUCGCCUGCCAGAGACCAUUAUAGAAGUGGAGCGUUAGGAUCAGAGUUUUCCUUCUCCUAGAUGGGCUACCUUCUCAGGUUGAUGAGCCCCAUCUGCCCUUCAUUUCCCUCUACAGAACAUACAGCAACUGUUGGACCCUCUGUUGGGUGGACCCAACAGUCUGAACAACUAUACCAAUAAAUACAGUCUGUUCACAGAUGCAUAGUAUUUUAUCAAAGUAAGAAAUGUUGUUUGCUUGAACAUGAUUGUUUUGAACGAUCCUAUGCCAUACCCAGUACAGUGGUACCACGGGUUAAGUACUUAAUUCGUUGCGGAGGUCCGUUCUUAACCUGAAACUGUUCUUAACCUGAAGCACCACCUUAGCUAAUGGGGCCUCCUGCUGCCACUGUGCCGCUGCUGCACAAUUUCUGUUCUCAUCCUGAAGCAAAGUUCUUAACCCGAGGUACUAUUUCUGGGUUAGCGGAGUUUGUAACCUGAAGCAUCUGUAACCUGAAGCGUCUGUAACCCAAGGCACCUCUGUAUUUCGUUUUCAUCCUGAAGCAAAGUUCUUAACCCGAGGUAAUAUUUCUGGGUUAGCAGAGUCUGUAACCUGAAGCAUAUAUAACCCGAGGUACCACUGUACAGUAGAUGCUCUAGCAUUGGAAUCUUACGCCAGUCUUGGCGGAACCACUAAUACCAUUAUACUGGCCCCAAGGACACAAAAUAUCUUUUUGAGCAUUCUGACAAGGAAAGGACAAGCCCCCCUCUGACUCAUGCAAUAUAUUAUGCGGGCCUUCAGAGUCUAUGGGUGCUGCAGGACAGAAGCUAGUGUAAACCCUAUGCCUAAGUGGGAAAGUUAUGAAGCAAGAGUCCCAGAUAAGAAGGCAGAGCUGGAUGACUCUACGCCGUAUGCUGGAUAUUGGAUACUGUGCAAUCGAUAACAUUUCAAGCUUAGGCUGCCACAGCGGCCGCUUUUAAUAGUAGUAGUAGUAGUAGUAGUAGGAAGAAGAAGAAAGAAGAAGAAUUUAUUAUUUAUACCCUGCCCAUCUGGCUGAGUUUCCCCAGCCACUCUGGGCGGCUUCCAAUCGAGUGUUAAAAACAAUACAGCAUUAAAUAUUAAAAACUUCCCUGAACAGGGCUGCCUUCAGAUGUCUUUUAAAGCUAAGAUAGCUGCUUAUUUCCUUCACAUCUGAAGGGAGGGCAUUCCACAGGGUGGGCACCACUACCAAGAAGGCCCUCUGUCUGGUUCCCUGUAACCUCACUUCUCACAAUGAGCGAAUCGCCAGAAGGCCCUCGCCGCUGGAUCUCAGUGUCUGGGCUGAACGAUGGGGGUGGAGACGCUCCUUCAGGUAUACAGGACUGAGGCCGCUGUUCAAAUUGCACUGCUUUCAAUAUAGGGCAAAUGUUUUCUACUAACAUAGGGGUUUGGGAAUCGGUGCUCCUCCUGAGGUUGAACGCCAGCUCCUAUCACGGCAGCCAUACAGGUGAGAGCUGGGAGUCCAACCAACAUCCUGAGGAUCACAGGUUUCCAGCCUCCCCUGCUAAAGCAUAAAACGAUACAGAAGUAAGCGGGGAUUUCUUUUGUUCCAUUUAUAUCUCACCUUUUUCUCCACGGAGCUCAAGGUGGUGGUACAUGGUUCUCCCCAUCUUCCUUCCAUCGCCACAACAACCCUGUGAGGCAGGUUAGGCUGAGAGAAAGAAAGUGACUGGCCCAAGGUCACCCCGUGAGCUUCGUGGUGGAGCACAUGCAAGGACACACAAGGCAACAUUUUGCUGUGCUGUUACGGUGACAAUGUACUGGCCAAACUGGUCUGUUCUUGAAGCUUUCAGUGACAUGGAGUGGAUAACACUUCUGUGUAGUGCAAACCCAGAAAACCAGCACCAUACGUGUGUGUGUGCAGUUGUCAGCUACAGUUUAGCUCAACAAUCUCUUGACCAAAUAGCAAGAUGUACUGAAUGCGCAGCGAUGACGAUAACCUUUGCUAGCGGAUGGUUUUAGAAAGAUCAUUGCUCCUGACUCACACUUCUGCUUGGGUGCUUUUGCCCCCUCUAAAAAGAGCACCUGAAUAGGGCACAUCAUACACUUCAAAAGAACAAUAGAAAUAUCAUAUUACACUUACCAGUAAUUUCCUUGCUGAAAGAGUUCUAGAACAGCCGCACAACUUAGACACGGCAACCGAAUCAUCCACUGUUAUAUUUCUGCUUAAAUAAGAAAACGGCAUCCAUUGGUUUUGUACUUGGUCAUUUUUUAAAAACGAAAAAAAUCCCUACCAUUGGUUUCAAUGAGACAGAAGAUACCUACACAGCUUGUGGGCUGGUGUAAUUUUUCUUCCUUGUUGGGGCAUGUUUCUUUUGAGAACAAAGAGUAUUAUGCACUGCUUUGGUUCUAGAGGUUGGAACAUAUAAUGUAUAUCUCUGCAGGCAUACCUUAAUCAGAGAUCUCGUGCACCUCAUUGUGGGCUUACGGGUUAGAUAAUCAUCAUCUUUGAGGCUCCAUGUAUAAAAUCUAAUAGAAUUACAAGGUUGAAUUACACAUGAUUAGUCCCUUCUGGUAAUUUUUAGCCUGCAAGUUCUGAGCCUGACCAGGGUUAUAUAGCAUAGUUCAUACUUGCUGGUUCUUCCACGUUUCUGGUCUUUGUCUCUGGCUGCCCUCGUUCCUGUUCUCUUUCAGAUUUCUGCUAUUACAGGCUCAGGGCAGGUGUGGGCACACUACUAUGUGGAGUGUGUUCACAUGCCUAUAUAUCUUUGGUGGACAAAAAGAAAUAUAUUUCAAAGAUGCCAAGAAGAUUAGUGUACUUUGUUGUUCAACCUGCCCAACCAUACGCCUUUAUCGGCAACCAUAAGCCUUAUUUUCCCUUUUUUUCUUAGCAAACUGAUUACGUAAGCUUCUACAUACAUUUAAUUUUUUCCACACCACUCUGUUACACACAUUAGAAUGGCUGUGUUCUCAUGACAUGAUAAAUUCUAAGAGUUUAAAGGAUUCCAAUUUGACACAUGGGCAUAUACAGUCGUAGCUCGGAAGUCGAACGGAAUCCGUUCCAGUAGUCCAUUUGAAGUUCCUGCAGUCAGUCGGAAGCCGCGGAAGCCCCGUCAGACAUUUGGGUUCCCAAGAAUGUUCACAAAUCGGAACAGUCACUUCCGGGUUUGCGGCAUUCGGGAGCCAAAACGUUCGACUCACAAGGUGUUCAGGAUCCAAGAUACGACUGUACAAUAUAUAUUCUGAGUAACUGCCUCAAUCCAACACUGUCUCCUUGAAUAUAGACUUUUCUAUCCAGUCAGGCACUGACAAGAUCAAUUUUUUUGUUGUUUAGUCGUUUAGUCGUGUCCGACUCUUCGUGACCCCAUGGACCAGAGCACACCAGGCACUUCUGUCUUCCACUGCCUCCCGCAGUUUGGCCAAACUCAUGUUAGUAGCUUCGAGAACAUUGUCCAACCAUCUCGUCCUCUGUCGUCCCCUUCUCCUUGUGCCCUCCAUCUUUCCCAACAUCAGAGUCUUUUCCAGGGAGUCUUCUCUUCUCAUGAGGUGGCCAAAGUAUUGGAGCCUCAGCUUCACAAUCUGUCCUUCCAGUGAGCACUCAGGGCUGAUUUCCUUCAGAAUGGAUAGGUUUCAUCUUCUUGCAGUCCAUGGGACUCUCAAGAGUCUCCUCCAGCACCAUAAUUCAAAAGCAUCAAUUCAUUGGCAAUCAGCCUUCUUUAUGGUCCAGCUUUCACUUCCAUACAUCACUACUGGGAAAACCAUAGCUUUUACUAUACGGACCUUUGUUGGCAAGGUGAUGUCUCUACUUUUUAAGAUGCUGUCUAGGUUUGCCAUUGCUUUCCUCCCAAGAAGCAGGCAUCUUUUAAUUUCGUGGCUGCUGUCACCAUCACAAGAUCAAUUACUUGGUGUUAAUUGAUAUUUGGUGCUACGUGGUGGGAACUGUUGUUCCGCAACCUUAAUCAGAAGGAAGUACUAAGGUCUUGACUGCAUAUCCUUUCACUCCCAAAAGAAGCUAAUGUAUUUAUUUUAUUUAUUGAAUUUAUAUACCGCCCUAUACCCAGAGGUCGCAUGGGAGAGUCAUCUAACAUAAAAAUCAUUGAAAGGAAGAUUAAAGUAGAGAAGAAGCCUCUUGUUCAGCAAUUGGAGCAAGUGCAUAUUCAAGAAUUCAAGCACUACUUUUGAGAUAUUACUACAAACUGCUCUUAAGCCACAAAUAAUAUAUCCUUACGUAGUUUGUUGUUUUGACCAUCAUGGUCAUAUCAACCAUAACAACAAGUAUAUACACUAAUACAAAAAUCAUUUUGUGCCAGUUACGUAGGAACUGUCCUGUAGAAAAGUUACUUAAAUUUACAAAUAAAAUUAUUGUUGUCUUUUUCUUGUACUUACAGCUUGAAAGGCAACUCCUGAUGCAAAAUCAAAUGCGUGAGAGGCAGAUGGCUAUGCAGGUUGCUUGGACACGGGAAUUUCUCAAUUAUUUUGGAGCAUUUUUCGGACUUGCUGCUGUCGGUCUAACAGUUGGGUAUGCAGCCCCUUUUUUCUGAAUAAUGCAAGAGAGACUGUGUGUUCCGUCAUCUAAGCUUUACUCAGAGUAGACUUGUUGGAAUUAAUGGACGUGACUAAGUUAGGUCCAUUAAUACCAGCGCAUCUACUCUGGGUAUAACUUAGUUGAAUUUUGCUCAGUGGAUGGCACUCAGCCAAGCUGUUGUGUGCGUGCAGAAUGAGGUCCAUUUGUGCAGUGGGAUUUCCCCUUAUCCUUGUGCCCCCUAAAUCUACUCUGGAGGAUUGGGAUGGGGGGACUUAGGGAGUGUCCAUGGAGGGAGGAGAGGGAAGAAGGUUCUGUUGUGCAAGCAGAUGUCAUUCGCUGCACACAUUUUAAAAAAAUAUUUAUAUACCGCUGUAUCAUAGAAAUAUAUCACAGCAGUUUACAACAGUAUACAAACAAAAAGGCACACAGCAAAAUAAUAAAAUGUUAAAAGCAAGGGAAUUAAAAUAGACUAUUAUAUAUAACAGGAAUAGGCAAACUCGGCCCUCCAGAUGUUUUGGGACUACAACUCCCAUCAUCCCUAGCUAACAGGAGCUGUGGUCAGGGAUGAUGGGAGUCCCAAAACAUCUGGAGGGCUGAGUCUGCCUAUGCCUGGUAUAUAAUAUUAUAAAUGGUUCUGGUGAUCAGGGUCACAGUGUGAGGAAAUAUCAGAUCCUACCUCCCCCUGCUCCAUAGCCCCAAUGCAAAUUAAGAGGAGCCAAUCACAGGUAUAACAAAGUGAAAAUCACACUGACAUCUCCAAACACAGAGCUCCAAUGUAAUGUGGAAGUCUGGCCCUUGAGAAAACAUGCAAAGCCAGCAAUGUUUGACAAAGGAUUUGACUUGGGAGAAGGAGAAGCUAAUGGACGGAUCUAUUCUGCUUCGUUUUAUUGUUAUAAAAUGUAAUUAUGAAUGUUGUUAAAAAGGCUGCCCUUCUCCCCAUGAUGUAAAAUAUGUUAACAAACGGUUUCCUUGUGAGUAGGCAAGUGUUGAUUUCAAGGGCCCUUAUUUCCAAACAAUUGUCUAGGAUCAUACAGCUGAUGAUUAUUUUUUUAAAAAAACAACAACCCUUACAAUAAUAAAACUGAAGUGGCUUCUGAAAACAUGCACGUCAAAUGUCAAAAGCCAGGCUAAAGGGUAGGAAUAUCUCCAUCUGCUCCAAGGGCGCCUCUUAUCAUCAGAGAGAGAACGGCAACUAUAUCCUUUCUGGAAAGCAGAGCACGAACAGUCCAUGAUGGCAAACAACAUGGUCCAUACUUAGCUCUAUGUUGAAUUCUUCCCCUUGUUUUUAUUGGAUUAUAUCCAGUGCUAGUCCCACUCAGAGUAAACGCAUUGAAAUUAAUGGGUCCACUCUUGAGUAGAAAAUAGUUGCAUACAACCCAUUGUGUUUUCUUUCCCAUUUUUCCUAGACAAAUUCUACCUUAUCUAAGAAAUGCACACUUGACUUAUUGUUACUGAUCAUGUACGGCAAUCGUGAUUCAUAGUGAAAUUGAUGGUGGUGAUGAUGACAAUAAUUCAGCUACUUAGAAGUUUACAAAGGAACAUUGGCAUUCUGGUGUCUCUGCCAUUCAGCAUUAUUGAUAACAGCACUAUAAUAUAUCUAAUUAACCGGAACGUCUGUGUUAGUAGUUCACAAUAUCUGAUAGUGUGACAGCACUUAAUGUGAUGACUUAAAAGCUGAUACUAGACUACAAAAUAGCCAAGACUUUUUGAAAAGUAGGUACUGAGGAAAUAAAACCUUGGGUGCUUUCAGUUCAGUUUUACUUUGAGUAGAUUCAUUGAAAUUAAUGGACCUAACUUAGUCAUGUUCAUUAAUUCCAGUGAGACUACUUGGAGUAAAACGUUAUUGAAUAUCACCCCUUGUUUAUCCAUAUCACUUCCAUACUUAUCCAAAAUUGAGCUAUAAACUAAAGAAAAAGCUAAAGGGUUUCUUAAAUCCAGUGCUUGCUAACAAGGGGAAAUCUUAAUAUUGUCUAAUUAUUUAUCUAAUUAAAUGUAUAUGCCGCUUCAUUGUAAAAGGAAACAAAACUCGAUAAGAGGUUUACAAAAAGAUAUUAAGAUAUCCCAUUAGGAUAUCCAAAAUGGGAGAGCUCAGUUGGUUGUGCAUGAGACUCUUAAUCUCCGGGUUGUGGGUUCAAGUCCCACCUUGGACAAAAGAUUCCCACGUUGCAAGGGGGUUAGACUAGAUGACCCUCACGGUCCCUUUCCAACUCUACAAUUCUAUGAUGCUAUGAUUCAAUGUGUUAUUUUGUUUGAAGCUUUAGGAUAUUACUUACUUUUUUUUUUAAUAAACAGGGCGAUUAAAAGAAAAAAGCCUGGAUUAUUCCUUCCAAUUGUUCCUUUAAGUUUUGUGCUUGCCUACCAGUAUGAUAUGGGUUAUGGAUCACUUCUGCAAAGAAUGAAAGGUAGGUAUUGUAUAUUCUCUGCAGCGGCUCCCCGUUUGUGGAAUUCUCUCCCCAGGAAGGUUCAUGCCUUCAUUAUAUAUUUUUAGGUGCCAGGCGAAAGCAUUCCUCUUCAACCAGUUCUUGGGCUGAUUAAUAUCCUACAGCCUUUUAAAUGUGUCUGUGAGAAGUGGGGUAUUGUUUUGCUGUUUUGUUUUGAUUAUUUACCAUAUUUUUUGCUCUAUAAGACUCACUUUUUCCCUCCUAAAAAGUAAGGGGAAAUGUGUGUGCGUCAUAUGGAUCGAAUGCCGGCUGCGCAGCUAUCCCAGAAGCCAGAACAGCAAGAGGAGGGAUCGCUGCUUUCGCUGCGCAGCGAUCCCUCUUGCUGUUCUGGCUUCUGAGAUUCAGAAUAUUUUUUUUCUUGUUUUCCUCCUCCAAAAACUAGGUGCGUCUUAUGGUCUGGUGUGUCUUAUAGAGCGAAAAAUAUGGUACUUGUUUUUAUCCUGUAUUUUAUUCUGUGAACCGCCCUGGGAUCUUACAAUGGAGAGCAGUAUAUAAAUCUAAUAUAAACAAACAACACUUAGUUAAUGGCAGAUUUGUGAUCAUUUUGCUCUCACAAUAUACAAACGUAUAUACACAUGUCCGUAUUUUUCUCCCCAGGUGAAGCAGAGCAUAUACUUGACGCAGAGAACGCGUUGGUGGAAAUGCCAAAAGGACCCCUCACUUACGAUGGCAUUGAAAAAGCCAGAAGAGCACAGAGCACGUUUUUCAUUGAAAAAUAGUUUGGUGUGGUGAAGCAGUGCUUCAGAGAACAGAAAUAUCUAUUUGUAAUCAUGUUACCGACUUGUGAUGCUCUGAUCUAACAGUGUGUAUGCAGGGAGCCUUUGCUAAAAUCUCACCAGUCAAGCUGCUUGACAACAAAGACAUUUGGGGGGGGUGUGUCUAGAUUCUAGACCAUUGCUCUGCCUCUCAAAAAGCUGAUAGGCCGAUUAUUAUUUUUUAAUCUGGGCUGAGCACACACAAUUUCUCCUGUUGGAUCAGAGAAGAGGACUAUGUGCACUAUACCUAGACGGAUCACGGCAAACUUGUUUUGAAAACUAUUGUCUGAUUGUAAUGCGCAUUAUGAAAUAAAACGGAUUUAAUACAAU